AUGUCAAAGAGACAACAAGUAGCUCCUGCAUUCGAAAUAAGAUUCACCGAUGAUGAUAUCACAACAGAAGUUAUUGAAAUACCAACGGAUCGUCACGUUCCAGAUCCGUUCAAAAAACGUGAUAAAAUUCCAAGAAAUUCACCCAACUCUUCUCACAUUACCAGUAACGGUUUAAUCAGUAAUAGUAGGCAACAACGACCUGGUGCACAGAAUGGUGACACGUCGUCAAUUCAUAAGGAUUUAAAUAAUAAUGAGCAACCAAUAAAAAAAUCAGAUCCACAAACAAAACGAAACUCAAUGAGUAGGAAAAAGAAAUCAAAUGCUAGAAUUAGAAACAACGACGACGAUCAAAUUAAAGACUAUUUAAAUAGCACUAGUAUACAAUCAAAGGAUGGUAUUGCUACCCCACCAGUGACUCCUCCAAGAACUCCUCCAAUAAUACCAACAAAAGACGACACCACCCACCCAAAUAUCACAGACGCCAUCAACAUCGUUAAUAAUUCUAAUCCCAUAAAUAACACAUCAAAUAUAACAGCUCUUUCAUUGUUAGACUUUGCUAAAAAAUCAAAUAAUUUCAACCAAUCAUCAACGUCUCUUGACGACAUCAAAACAAAAAAAGAUAAUGAACAAAAACCUGUUGCUCGUCGACAAGUACGAAGAGCUACAAUAUCACACGAUGACGUGAUAGUGCCAACUGUUGCAAAGAAAUUAAAGAUGAAUGGUCAAUUACCUUUUGCUAAUCAUGACGCGUUGCUCGGUGUCACCGAUGAACCUGACUCUUUUCUUACAUCAUCACACACUGUUAAUGAUAUAUCUUCACCUUCAUUGUCACCACCAAUAACGAAUAAAAGCAAUAUCAUAAUGGCAGGUUAUAUGGAUAUUACUGAUCAACCAGUAUCAUCAGCAACGAAAGCAACAGGUGGUGAUGAAAAUUCACAAAAGGAUUCAAGAAAGAAACGUAGAGAAGAAUUUGUUUUGAUGACAAAUGAUGAUGAUGAAGAAGAAAUAAUAGGUGAAGGAGGUGUUAAUACUGGAAAUGAGACCGCUACAAAUUCACAACAAUUAUCUGUUGCUAAUGAUGAAAAAGCUGCUGCUGAAAAUAUGCAAAAUGUUAAUAACCAACAGCAAGCGUUAAUGGUAAACGAUUUCACUUCAAACCAAUCAGCAUCUACAACUAUAUCAAUUGGUUCGUCAUCAUCAACCGCUUCAACUUCCAAGGAUGAAAAGGACAACAAUUAG